CCUGUGAUCCAAUUUCCUGAUGUUCACGCGGUGUAUACCAAAAUAGAGCCCUAAAAGCACAAGGGGGUUCCUUUCUACCUACAAGAAGCUCUCUAGCACACCAGAGCGUGAUAACCCGUGAGCAUGGACCAUCGCCAUAGUUUCGUAAAUGAAUAAGACCAUUUCCUUUGCAGGAAGUAGACCAGGAUCAUUGGAUGCUUGGACCUCAUGGUCAUUUGCCAGAGCGUCUCUAUAGAGUUUUGCGGGCCUGGCUUGGAUCCGUACGGAAUAUAGCCUCUAAAGCAGUAUAAAUAGUGGGAUAACCAGCUGGGCUAUUUCUCAGUGCACCUUGCGGUCGCCUCGAUUCUCAUUGCAGAGAUGAAGCUCUCUAUUGCAACUGCUCUUGUCUUUGCCUCUAGUGCUUUGGCGCGUACAUUUACGGUGUAUAAUGGUUGUCCUUUCACCAUCUGGCCUGCCAUUUUUACCGACUUGAACGUCGCCUCGAACGUACCCAGCUUCCCGACCGGAUGGGAAGCGGCUGCUUAUACCCACGUAACCUUCUACGUCCCGGACAAUUGGAAGGCAGGCAGAAUUUGGGCGCGCCGGGACUGCGAUUUCUCGAGCAACCCGGGACCGAAUUCAUGUCUCGACGGAGGAUGUAAUGGCGGUCUUGAAUGUGAUCCGCACACCGGGACGGGGGUACCACCGGCGACUGUCGCGGAAUGGACCCUCCAGGGAGAUGGCUGGCUUGAUUAUUAUGAUGUAUCUUUGGUUGACGGCUACAACCUUCCUGCCAGAAUUGACAACAACGUCGGCUGUGGUAUCCCGUCGUGCCCCGUGGAUUUGGGUCCCAACUGUCCUGCCGCGUUGAAGGGACCCUUUGAUUCUUCCGGAUUUCCGGUCGGAUGUAAAUCAGCUUGUGUGGCCAACUUGGACGGCAACCCAGCCGACUCGGCCAACUGCUGUUCCGGAAGCCACAACACCCUUGCUACCUGUCCUUCAUCUGGUGUCGCAUACUACAGCUACUUUAAGAGCAAUUGCCCUAACUCUUAUGCUUAUGCGUUCGAUGAGCCUAGCGGCACGGCCUUGUGGACUUGCGAUUCUAACCUGGCGGCCGAUUACACGUUGACCUUCUGCCCGCCUUGAUUGAGCUAAAUUCCAAAUUCAUUAGUAGCUCAGAAU